AUGCAAAGAAACUCAUCAAGUUAUGAGGGUUUAUUCAAAGAAAUCGAGGACGAUGAUAUGUCUGACGACAAGAACGACAAAAACCACACACAGAUCAAGCUAGUAGACAAGCACGACGCCUCCCGACAACAAUCUCAACAAAACAAAGAAGACAUCAAGAAGGAGGUAUACAGCAACCAGGCAAGAAUGAAACAACAUACAGGACCAAGCAGCAGCUAUGGUAUACCAGACAAACAGAAUGACAGGAAAACACACAUGCAACCAAUACCAGAAAAAAUUAUCAAGGAAAUGAAGUUUGCUACAGCCAACAACAACUCCAAUGAUAGCACAACAAGCAAUACAAAGGAAUCCAGAGGAAUGGGAAGUACCGACGAAGAAACAAGUGCCUCAAAGGAAACAAAUCAAAAGGAAGCUUAUUCAUCAUCGCAGAAACACAGCACAGGAGAAUCAAACUCGCCCUCGGAGGAACAAGCUUCUAAGCAAGAAACAAAAGAAGAAUUGAAGGAUGAUGAUCCAGAAAUAAAUCCAGAUCCUCCAACAAAGAUGGAAGAGGAAAUGGACAAGAUGUUCAACACAGAUGACUACCCAGCAGUUGAAGAGAUUAUGAGUGCAGCUAUACCAAAGGAAGGUGCCCGUUUCAAAACAACAGACGAUGCAUUCUAUAGAUACGCUCUGUAUGCAAGAAAGGAAGGAUUUGCAGUGAAGAAGUUCAGCAGCAAGAGAUCAGGAAAAAACGGAGAAAUCUACAUGCAAACGUUCGCAUGUAACAAGGAAGGAUGCACAAACACAGAUGCCAAACCAUCGUCGCAGAGGAGAACAAAUAUACUACUAAAGACUGAUUGUAAAGCACACAUAAUUGUAAGAGAAUUUGAUGGAUACUGGUACAUCAAGAAGGUUCACUUAGAACACAACCACCCGCUGGAACCAACAGACUAUCUAAUUAGGUUUGCACACUGUCACAAAAGGAUGACUGAUCUCGACAGGAGAUUAAUUCAUCUACUACAGAUGGGACGUCUGCCACCAAGGAAGAUGAUGUUAAUCUUUCGGUCGAUCAGAGGGAAAUUUCGUGGAAUACCCUUCGAUGAUGUUGAUCUAAGCAACAUAAAGAGUCAACAACAACAAAUAGAGAAGGACCAUGACAUCCAGAAGUGCCUGGACCGCUUCAAGACACUCCAGAAAAUAGUACCUGGCUUCUAUCAUGCCAUGGAAAUAGACAGCGAAAAAAGAGUUCGCAGCCUGUUUUGGAUGGACGCAAUGUGCGUAAUGAACUACAAGCUGUUCGGUGACUAUAUAUCUUUCGACACAACUUUCAGCACAAAUAAGUAUGGCUUACCAUUUGUUCCUAUAGUUGGGGUGAACAAUCACGGCUCCACAGUACUGUUUGUCGUUGCUCUGCUCAAGGAUCAAACAACAUAUACAUUUAUAUGGGUACUGGAAACAUUUGUUCAGGCCAUGGGUGGAAAAGAACCAAAGACAAUAAUAACAGACCAGGACAAAGCAAUGAAGAAAGCAAUACAAACAGUUCUAAAGUCUACAACCCACAUGAACUGCUACUACCACAUCGUGACCAAGAUGAGUCAGAAAGAGAGCGCCUUCUUCGCAAAAAACUCAGGACUGUCGGAACUGCUAAUGUACAUUGCAAAGAACGCAUUCACACCAGCUGAGUUCGAAAUGGGAUGGAAUAAAGUGAUAAAGGAUUACAAUGCUGGUGGAGAAAAACACCUAAGCAAGUUAUUCAGGAUAAGACACAGGUUGGUACCAGCGUACUUCAUGGAUAAAUUUUACCCAUUCUCAUCAAGCACAGGAAGGAGCGAGAGCACCAAUAACAUGUGGAAAUGCUAUAGCCAGCACACAGACACAAUAACAAUGUUCCUUGAGCAAUAUGAGGUCAUACAAGACAAGUGCUUAUCUGCCAUGGACAAGAAGAAGCUCACAUCAACACUGAAAACAGCAAAAUUAGUAACAAGACACCCGUUUGAGAAGCAAGCUCUUGAACAAUUCACAAAUGACACAUUCGAGAAGUUCCAGAUCGAGAUCACAAACAACAUGGCAUUCAAGGUAGAUGGAUCACUUGAACCUGGUCGCCACUUGCGGCUGAAAAGAAUAGUGAAAUUCUACAACCACAUGGAAUUCAAAAGGGAGUUGUUUGACGUCACAUUUGACGAUGAAAAAAAAGAACUUCAUGUGUUCCUGCAAAAAGAUGCAGAGGGAUGGUAUACAUUGCUGCCAUGUAAUAAAAGCAAUGGUUCACAUGGAGAUCAAUGA